UGCUUUGUUCUGUCCUCGCAUAUAAAAUUAUUCGAGGUAGUCGGGUGGUGGGUCAGAUAAACACACCCUCUCUGGCAGAGAUGAUUCCUUCUUACUACUUCAGCCAGCUCGUGCAGACCCUCCGCCUCGCCAACAGUCGGAUCGCCCUCACAGCCCUGCUCCACCGCGCGACUCUCCGCCCAACUCACCACGCCAAGCGCACCGCAUCCCACCUCCGCAUCGACAUCACCAAAGCACGCAGGUGUCCGAUCAGCCUCGUCUCCCGUCGGCCUUUGCCACUCCUAGUCUCGUCCCCACCGCUGGUUCCGGUGGCGAAUAAUAUGCAGGGCCUGGACGUGGAUGCGAUGGCGUCAUCGGCACUCAAAGGCUUGCAUUAUUCCUACCCGGACCUUCUCAUGUAUUCAGAUAUACCGAUCCCGGGUGCGCCACUUCUCAGGCCAUGCCAACUCCCCGAGGUCGACGCGUCAGAGCUUUCCUUUGACUCGCCAAAGCCAUCCUCUGGUAAGUCCCUGCAUAUAUGUACCCCAUUCCCACCACCAUCGUUCUCGAUAGCAGCACCGUCUUCGUGCGAACUGUUCACUCCCCCCGAGGCAUACACCGGACUACGGAUUAUCAUCCCCGCCCGGAAUAAUAAAAAGCGCAAAUGGCAAGAUGCCCAGAUUGGACUGGACGAUGAAGAUACCCGUCGGGCAAAGCGCAUCGUCGUGAAUGGGUGGAUAACGUCACCCAUUCAGACGCACGAGUACAUCGACACUGCCCCAUGUCUUUCUGGAUGAUCGUUUCCUUCCCACUCGCCACCCUCAUGGACAUUCGAAUGCUUAUUUAUACUGCACACCACGCACCCUCCUUUCUCACAAUCACACACACAUUCUUUCCAUCGGACUUGUGCGUAUAUCCACACUUACAUAUACCACGCACUCUUGCGCCCAGCACAGUGUCUAAUCGAUUAGACUUGUUCAUCCGUACGACAUAUUUUCCCCUCUCUUUUGAGGAUGAGGAGCUUGCUCUUCUUAUACCUACCAUACUUGCCUGGUCGUAGUCCAUAUUACUCACUCAACUGCUAGUGGUAGCAUUUUUGAGACAUGGAAAAGAACUUUCCCUGUGCACUGUCUCUCAGCUGGUCCAUCUUAUGAUGCGUAGAUAGAUAUCACA